AUCCGGAACGUUUAGUGUGCUACACAGGAAGUAAACUCAAGCUAGUUACAAGCUGGUUGUACUCCGCAAAUUCACUGCGUAUUUUGGAGAUUAAACAUUUGAUAUCAUUGUCACUUACGUAAAACCAUCAUUUAUUCACCAUGCUGAUCAAAGUAAAGACUCUCACAGGAAAAGAAAUAGAGAUCGACAUUGAGCCCACAGAUAAAGUGGAGCGAAUUAAAGAAAGGGUAGAGGAGAAGGAAGGGAUCCCCCCACAGCAACAAAGACUCAUCUACAGUGGAAAACAGAUGAAUGAUGAGAAGACAGCUGCAGACUACAAGAUCCAGGGAGGCUCAGUGCUCCAUCUCGUGUUGGCACUAAGAGGAGGAUCAGCGGUCAACAGUCCAGCCAGCACACGCCCUUUGUCCUUGUUAUGAGUCACCGCUAUCAUGUGGCCAGCUGAGUGUCAACAGUCGUGGUGUCCCGUCACCGUCUGACCAUGCUCCAAAACGGAAAUUUGAAAUCCCAUGCUCCCCAGGCUGUCGCAAACAAACAAAAACAAGAACCAACACGAAAGGAUGUUCUUAUUCUAAUGUCUAUCUCUUUUUGUAAAAUUUCAUUGGCUUUCUGAGUUUGAUCAGUUGAUGCAGGCACCCAUGCAGUACAAGAGACAGUGUGAGAACUCUUUUUUUCCUUGUGAAUAAAUGCUGAAGUUAA